UUAUUAUUAUUUUUUUUUUUUUUUUCGUUUUGUUUAAUGACAUUUUUCGCUUGUCAUAAAGUUGUACACAAUCACAGGUCGUCGGCGGCGGCAGCGGCAGUCAGUGUAUACCUUUAGGUCUAGUUCUAGCUGUUAUGUGUAUCUCUCUCUCUAAUGUGCACUAGAACGCCCAUUGCCACAUGUCGUGUAAAAUGUCCGUGCGUGCCUUUAAGCAGCAGCAGCAGCAGCAACAACAACAGCAGCAGCAAAAGCAGUCAACGCCUUCAGGUCAGAAUCAAGGACGGCCUGCUGCUUUGAACGUGCAACCAGCAAUUGCAGCUCUUGCAUCGGCAUCUGGACAAACACCGCCAACUCCGCCGCCAUCGCCACAAGUUCGCAUCUACGAAGAUUUCGAUAGAAUGAGCGCCAAAGAAGUGUAUUAUAAUGAGGCGGGUAAAAAAGUUACUGUCAAAUUGUUACAUUUUCCGGAUGUACCACCCGAAGAUAUAGCCAAACUACAUUUCGAUGAUGACGACGACGAUGAUGAUGAGGAUGAGGAUGAUGAUGAUGUCAAUAACGACGAUGGCUUGGAUAGUGAUGCUGGCAGUGGAAUAAAAAACAAAGGAACAAAACCAACCACAGCCUCCAAUGAAGAUAGCGAAGAUGCUGGAAGUGAAGCAGAAGUUGCCUCCGGUACAUCGAGUGCCACAAAUGUUAAGAAAAUCUUUCGUCGCAAACUCUCCGGCAAUAAUAUGCAGCCACGUAAAUGUAGUCUGGCCUUUGCCCAGGCUCAUGGCAUCAGGCAAAGAGCCGAAAAGAAACUGUCAAUGCCAACGAUAAGCAUAACAGCGAAUUCGGGCGAACAUAUUGGCCACCCAGCGGUGGGUCAUAGGAAACUGUCACAACCAUUGGCAUCGCCGCAAUCACCCAUAUUCCUGAGGCGAUCGCAUUCGCCUUUGGGACAGAGUUUAUGUCCCGGUUAUAUACAAUACUCGAAAUCGUUGCUCGAAGUGCCCAUGCCAAGGGAUUAUGGUUAUGCGAGCAGUGAUGAUUUGAGUUCUGAAUGGGAUUCAGAUGUGUCCACAUCGGCAGCAAAUUCAACAACUAAUUCGUCCUCAACAUCGGCAGCGAAUGCCUCAACAUCUGCGAGUGGUACAAAGAAGAGUUCCGGUUGGCGUAAAAUACGUAAUAUUGUGCAAUGGACACCGUUCUUUCAGACGUAUAAGAAACAACGUUAUCCUUGGGUCCAAUUGGCCGGUCAUCAGGGCAAUUUCAAAGCUGGACCCGAACCUGGUACUGUUCUCAAGAAACUCUGCCCCAAGGAGGAAGAAUGCUUUCAGGUGCUUAUGCAGGAUGUCCUGCGACCCUAUGUUCCUGUCUACAAAGGUCAGGUGACAAGUGAAGAUGGUGAACUCUAUUUGCAGUUACAGGAUCUAUUGAGCGAUUAUGUUCAACCUUGCGUAAUGGACUGCAAAAUCGGUGUGCGUACGUAUUUAGAGGAAGAACUAUCCAAGGCCAAGGAGAAGCCAAAGUUACGAAAAGAUAUGUACGAUAAGAUGAUACAAAUUGAUCCACAAGCACCAAAUGCUGAAGAACAUGCAGCCAAGGCGGUGACCAAACCGCGUUAUAUGGUCUGGCGUGAAACGAUAUCGAGUACUGCAACACUUGGAUUUCGGAUUGAGGGCAUUAAGAAAAGCGAUGGCACCAGUUCCAAAGAUUUCAAAACUACCAAGUCACGUGAACAAAUUAAAUUGGCCUUUAAUGAAUUUCUCAGUGGUCAGCCACAUAUACUGCCUCGCUAUAUUCAACGCCUGCGGGCAAUUCGCGCCACAUUGGCCCUAUCCGAAUUCUUUCAAACCCAUGAGGUAAUCGGCAGUUCGCUGCUCUUUGUCCAUGAUCAUGCACAUGCUAGUAUCUGGCUAAUUGAUUUUGCCAAGACAGUGGCUCUGCCUCCGGAACAUAAUAUUGAUCAUUAUUCAGCCUGGAAGGUGGGGAAUCAUGAGGAUGGCUAUCUGAUUGGGAUCAAUAAUCUCAUUGACAUAUUUGUCGAGCUGCAGGCGGCACAUGAGGAACGUCAGGAACGUGAAGAACGGCUGGAACAGGAUGCAGGCACCAUUUUAGGCGAAUGAAUUAUCCCAAUUAACAUUCCCAACAUACACACACAUCCACACACACACACAAUCAUUUCCUUCUCAACAAAAAAGUGCUUGAAAAGCAAA